AUAUAGCUAGGGAUUCCGACUUGCUCGGUUUGUUUAGGAGGGAGAGUUAGUCAUGGGAAAGACUCGGGGCAUGGGACCAGGGCGUUCUUCACGCAUGAGGAGACCACCUUACCGUUCUCUAUUCCGACCUCUCUCAGUCAGAGAAGAACGAAAGAGAUUGGCCGCACUGAGUCGCAUGAAGAAUACACUAGGCUCUCAAGUCUCGUUGCCUAUCCAAUCAGAUAAGAGUCUGAAGAGAACUGAUCAGACCACUCUUGUCUCCGGAACUGAUAUUCAGGGAAAGUUGUCGUCUGAUGUUGUUGCUAGCACCUCGAAGCCUCAGACGUCAUCAUCAAGUUUGGUCGGGAUGAAGAAAACACUAGGUUCUCAAGCCUCGUUGCUACGUUGUUCUGCCUGUAUGCAAAUAAUCCAGUCCGAUAAGAGUCUAAAGGGAUCUUCUGAUCAGGAUCAAACCACUCUUGUCUCCCAAAUUGAUAUUCAGGAUCAGACCACUCUUGUCUCCCUAAUUGAUAUUCAGGAAAAGUUGUCGUCUGAUAUCGUUAGUAACACCUCCAAGACUCAUCAAGGUAAGCAUCUCCGAUCAAGUUCAAAAAUACACAAGCCCAAAGCUCUUCUAAAGUAGAAGAAGAAGAAGAAGAAGAGCUCACGCAAAGCUUUAUCCACCACUCUCUUUUUUAUUUUUAACUUUUUAUGCUUGAUCAGGACUUGAAAAAAAAAAAUCUUUUAUUUAAGUUGUAUGUUUGAUUUUGUGAAAUCCUUGUCAUGAGAAUGUGCCAGUUGUCUUUUUAUCCUUGUAUAAUAAUUGAUAUGAUCAUUUCACUGA